GUUGACUCGGGCGGUCGGUCGUUGUUGUGAUCGUGGUGGUCGUGGUCGUGGUAGUGGUGGUGGGGGUGUCGGCGUUCCCUGUCCCUAGCGAGAAAGAAAAUGUCUAAGAGAAAAGAGGACGAUAUCCCCCCGGCCGCUGAUCAGAAAAGAGCAAGGCCAGGGGAGGACUUUGAUGAUGACUACUUGUACUUGGACCCCAUUGAGGGGACCUCUCAAGGUGCUGGGGGUCUUCCGAGCAUUGUUAGUUCUCAGGAGCCCACGGGGGAAUACGGGAUCAUUGAAAGUAUCCAGCUGGAGAACUUCAUGUGCCAUGCCAUGCUGGGGCCUGUGAAAUUUGGACCCAAUGUCAAUUUCGUGGUGGGAUACAGUGGGAAGAGUACAUUGUUAACGGCUCUCAUAGUCGGGCUUGGUGGAAAAUCGUUAGGGACGUCUUUGAAAGAGUUUGUGAAAGAUGGGGAGACUUCAGCCAACAUCUCCAUCACCUUAAAGAACAAAGGCAUAGAUGCAUUUAAACCUGACAUUUAUGGGGAGUCCAUCACUGUGCACCAGCACAUCAAUGAGGAUGGGUAUGCAAGUUAUGAACUAAAAGACUGUAUGGGGAACGUGGUUUCUAAUAAGAAAGCAGAGCUCACUGCUAUUCUUGAGCAUUUCAAGAUCCGAGUAGAUAACCCAGUGUCCAUUUUACCCCAAGAGAUGGGGAGGCAGUUGUUGCGGACCAGAAAUGAAGGAGAAAGAUAUAGUUUCUUUCUGAAAGCUACAGAGCUUGAACAGAUGAGGGAAGAGUACUCGGAAAUUUUGGAGAGAAAGGCCCGAAGCCAGCAUCAGAUAGAACAAGGCGAAGAGCAGCUUGAGGAUCUCAAGCGUCAGGGGGUAGAGAUAGAAGAGCAUUUUCAGACUAUGGUUACCUUGGGGAAGACAUUAGAGGACAUGAAACUGGAGAUGACUUGGGCAGUGGUCAGUGAAACGGAAAGACAGCUCGAUGAUAUGAUAAGUAACAUAAAUGUCGGAGACCAGUGUACUAUCAUAUUAAAUCAGGAACUGGAGGCCUCAAAGAUCAUAUUUAAUGAAGCCUUAAAGAGGUACACGGCCAUUCACGAGAAUAUACAAAAGUUAAGUGAGGAAGCCUCCAUCAUAGGGCCCCAGUGCAUUCAAGCAAAAGAGGAUACGAUAAGAACAGACAGGGCCUAUAGUCUGGCACUGGCUUUCUAUACGUCUGCCCUCAAUGAAUACAGUGAAGUCGAAAAAGUUGCCGGACAGCAUCAGAACAAACUGGAAAUCCUGAAAUCAGCUGUGGAAAUGGCCGAGCUAGAAAAACAGGAGAAGAUUUCCAUGUUGAAGGAAAAGAUCAGGAACUUUAAGGAUCAGGAGGAUUCACUUGUUGAGGAGAUAAAGCAUCUUCAUCAGGCCAUAGAAAGGGACGAUAAAGAGCAUUCUCGGGUUAGGGAAGAUGUUGUGUAUGUGCAGGAACUGCUGGACGAUGACCAGUGCCAGCUCAACCGAUUGAAAGACUGUAAAAAUGAGCCACUAAAACUGUUUGGACACCAGAUGCCAGCCCUUGUCGAAGCACUAGAAGAUGCCCACAGACAGGGGCAAUUUACUUACAAACCAAUAGGGCCACUGGGAGCUUACCUUCGUCUCCGAGACCCUGACUAUGCUUUGGCUGUUGAGUGCUGCUUAAAAGGCCUCCUUUUUACCUUUUUUUGUGACAACCCCAAUGAUGCACAAAUCCUUCAGGAGCUGAUAAAAAGGUUCUAUCCGUUGGGCUGUAAACGACCACAGAUAAUCGUGUCAGCAUUUGACUGUGAGUUGUACGACGUAACAGACAGAGCCCCUUAUCACCCGGAAUUUCCAACAGCUCUCACCGCUUUAGAAAUAGACGAUGCAGUGGUGGCCAAUUCUUUGAUCGACAUGACGGGUAUAGAGUCAGUGCUGCUCAUUAAGAAUAAUGCCUUGGCUCGUAAAAUGGUGCUUCCUCACGGGCCCCCCAAGAACUGUACCAAAGUUUUAACUGCCUGUGGUGAUGAAGUAUUUCAGGGACGCUAUUACUCAUGUGAAGAAUCAAGGCCUACUUACUUAGGUGACAUGGACAUGGAAAUACAUAAUCUGGAGAAAGAUAUGGAAAAUAAAAUGGCACGGCUGUCUGCAUUUCAGGAACAAGUGUGUUCCCUUGAAAAGGAUGUCAGAGAGAAUCGAGAAACCAUUGACAGUCAUUAUCGACAUUUAAAAGAAAUCAAGAUUAAUGUCAUAAACAUCACUAAAGAAAUAAGAGAUCUUGAGGAUGAAGAAGAUAGCCGGGCGAUAAGUCUCUCGGUUCUGGAAGAUGAAGCCCAAGAGUAUAACGAAGAGUUAAAACGAGUUCAGGAAAAGUUGAAAGCUCGAAACCAAGACUUGGAGAGUUUAAGGGAACCGAAGAUGGAAGCUGAACAGAGAUUCGAAGAACUGUCAUUGAGAUGUAAUCAAGUUUCAGAAUUAAUGGAAUCCCUCAUCGAAGAACAAAACCAGACUGUUUUGGAAGUGGAAGCCAAACACCAAUCCAUGCUACAUUAUGACAGUAGGCUUAAGGAACACCUGGAUUCCCUCCAAGUGAAAAAAGAAGAGAUGGCCAUGAAAGAGAGAGAACUUGAGAGGGAGACUGCUCAGGCCAGAUAUAUCUGCCCUGAGCGUAAAAAAGUCACAAAAAGUGCCUCUGCUCUCAACAGGGAAAUUAAUGCAUUGAAAGAGCGCAUACAGUCAGAAAACUACACUCACAGAAACCGAGAAGACGUGAUGAGACAGUAUCAAGAAGCAAAAGAAAGAUAUCUAGAUCUCGAUGGCAAAGUGAAGAAUUUGAAAAAGCUCAUUAAAACACUGGAUAAAGUAUCAACACAGAGAUAUGAAACAUACCAGAGGGGCAGAAGGAAUCUUUCUCUACAGUGCAAGUUAUACUUUGACAGAUUAGUUGCUCAGUGGUCCUUCUGUGGGGAGAUGCGCUUUGAUCACAAGAAUGAGACUCUCGCCAUGACCGUUCAGCCUACCGAUACUACUUCCAGUGACUUGGGAUGCUUACCUGGAGAUAGGCAGUCUUUUUCAAAUUUUAUCUUUAUUCUCACUCUGUGGUCGGUCACAAAAGCACCCUUCAGAUGCCUGGAUGCAAUCGACGUCUACAUGGACUGGGACAGAAGAAAACUUGCCAUGGAAAUGAUCCUUAGGAUAGCAAGUACCCAGAAUCACUACCAAUUCAUCCUGCUCACUCCUCAGUUCAUGAGGUCUCUUCUGCCAAACCCAAUAAUUGAAAUAUUCCAGAUGCCAGACCUUGACAAAGAUGAGGAAAUCCUGCCUCUCAAAGAGGUCCGUCCGGAAAUAGAAGACAAAGACAAAGAAGAAGCCUGA